UGGUUUAAUGCGCCCAAUUUCAAAUUACAUUCAUUCCGCCAAUAGCUGAUCGAUUGACAGGUGAGUGAGGCACGAUUGGUCAAUUUAAAAAAUAUUGACCCGCCCAACUUUCACAUUACAUUCAAUCAGACGAUCGCUGAUAGGUUGUUUGUUUGGUGACUUACGAUUGGUCAUUUAUCCAAAGGCGGAGCCUGACAGGUUGGUUUUGUGAGCUACGAUUGGUCAGUUCUUCCACGGUGUGGUGCAUGGUGCUAUAAAUGCUGCUUCGCGUGCCCGCUCCCCCCCCUUUCUGCUCGAGCGAACAGAAAACUUUUCGAGAGAACGCUUUUUGCAUUGCCUCAGACAAAGACAAAGACAAAGGACCUACAUUCGACGGAAACUGCAGUUUGCCGUUGUGUUGGACUUCAUCUGCUGACAUAGAGAUGCCACGAAAGAAGGGUUUCCGUAUGCGACGCACACCCAGGGCUGCCCAAGCUGUUGACUGUGCAGUUGCAACAAAAGGUAGGGAAGAAGUAUCUUCACUGUCACCAGUGGAGGUACCAACAGGUGGGUUACAAAAGGUGGUCAAAGGGUCAUUUCAUCAAGGCAAUACAAGGUUUAAGUAUGCAGGAACACAGUGUAUGGCGAUUGCCUUUUGUGCCACUGCUUUACACAGUAUUAAAAAUGUCUUGUUGUGGGAUACUGCUGAUCUUGACAUGGCUGUUGUUGAAGGUGAUCAGUUGUAUGCUACUCUAAGGGAACGUCACUUAAUAAGUCACCCAUCCCACUUUUUGUGUGCCACAGAAUUGCCCAAACAGGAGGUGAUUGCUGGACACAAAUUUGAGUUUUGUGUGAAGGAUGAUUAUGCUUUAGGUGAUGUCAAUGUAGUUUCCAGCUAUUAUAUUGAAAACGGGAUUCAUGUCACUUUGCAUGAUGCUUUGCACACAAUGUUUGGCAAGUACAGCACAUGCAUUCUUACAGUUUGUCAAAGUAGUUGUGCCAUCAUUUGUGAUGCUGGUCAGUAUUGUCUGGUGGAUUCGCACUCGCGUAGCUGUAAUGGCAUGGUGUGCAGUGAUGGAACCAGUGUUGUUCUGUGUUUUGGUGGUCUUGAUGCCCUUGCUAAUCACAUUAGCAAUUUGGCUGCAGGGUUUGGUGGAGCAGAGAAACUUUUUGAAAUAGCUGGUGUUGUUGUGACUGUUGUGGCUGACAGGAAACGUCACUUGGAGAUGAUGACUGGUGAUGAUGGCAAAAAGUUUAAAAUGGCUGACAUUUCUAGUACAUGUGCAUCUGAUGUUGAGGUCAUCAGUGUUGUUACCACACAGCAUGCCUUUUGUCCAAUGCUUCAAAAUGACUCCAAAGAUGUGUGCCAACUUCUGAAUAUAGAUUGUGAAGUCAAAACUGUGCCUGUCAAUUUGCGUGUUGGACCCUUGGGAGCUCCCUGUAAAAAGGAGAGCAUUGUUGCUGACGGCAACUGUUUUUUCCGUGCCAUAUCACAAGCGGUGAGUGGCACACAGAAAAAUCACAGGAGAAUUAGACUCCAUGUGGUUAAACAUAUGGAAAAGCACUGUGGAGAUUAUGAGAAGCUUCUCAGGAGUGAGUACAGUUGUUUGACAGAGUAUAUUAGUGUUUCCAAAAUGAAAUAUGUCAAUAGCUGGGCAACUGAGGUGGAAAUUCAGGCUGCAGCGGAUAGUUUAGGAAUAAAUAUCUUUACUUUUUACGGUGGUCGUUGGUUGAGAUAUAGUUCAAGGUCAGAAUCCAGUCGUGGGAUUUAUUUGGACAACUCGAGUGGUAAUCACUACGAGUGUGUGACAUGUGUCAAUGAGGGUCAGUUAGGAAGUUGCUUUGGCAUUUGUCAGAAUGGUACAUCUCAGGUCAGUCAGUAUGGUACCAGGUCACAUCGGCAUCAAGUAAUUUGCGCUGAUAGUGAAGUAGCAGUUGGUUUGAAUGAUGUUGUUGAAACAGGCAAAGAAAAACAUCAGUCCAUGGUUCCACGUGUAAGCCCGUCCAAAUAUCUAAAAAGGAAAAGGGCCCUGGACAACAGAUGUAAAUAUGUCGCUGACAUGAGCAUAAGGGAGACAAAGAAGGUAAUGACUAUGAAGAAUUACAGAGAACAAGCAGUCUUUAGGCAGAGAAAGAAGACGAGGAGUGUUGAAAAGUAUAGAAAUGAUGUCAUUCAUAAAAAUAGAGUUAAAACAUCUAGCAUCUAUAAGUAUAGGAAUGACAGCUUGCAUCGGGACAGGGUCAAGAUGUGUAGUGUGAGUAAGUAUAGACGUGACAGCUUGCAUCGGGACAGGGUCAAGAUGUGUAGUGUGAGUAAGUAUAGAAGUGACAGCUUGCAUCGGGACAGGGUCAAGUUGUGUAGUGUGAGUAAGUAUAGAAGUGACAGCUUGCAUCGGGACAGGGUCAAGAUGUAUAGUGCGAGUAAGUAUAGAAGUGACAGCUUGCAUCGGGCCAGGGUCGUUAUGCAGGGCGUCAAAAAAUAUAAAAUGGAUACAAGGCACCGGGCCAGUGUCAAACUAGCCAGUAUGAAGAAAUAUCACAGUAAUUUAGAACGCAAAAUGCGUGUCAUUGCAGAUGUGAAGGCACGAAGGCAUGCUGCAAAGUUGCGAGAGGAAGAAUUUGAUGUUGUUGUUGAGAAUUUUUUAGAGAAAGUGAAGAAUGGGCCCCAAUUUGUCUGCUGUGUGUGCCAUAGGUUGAUGUUUAAACAUCAGGUCCUGCAGUGUCACAGAGAGCAUUACAGCAAAAGUGCAAGUGCUUCUCUUGUGAACACGUGCAUUAAUGAGGAUUAUUUGCACAAAUGUAGUGCAGAGUGCACGGUGCCUUGUUUGUUGUUGGAGUCUGGUAGAGGGCAGCUGUGGGUUUGCUACACUUGCCAUUUCAAGAUUAGCAAAGGGGAAUUCCCACCUGAAUGUGUGGCAAAUAAUUUGGGGGUGGACCCGAUUCCUCCUGAGCUGGCUUGCUUAAACAGCUUAGAGCAACACUUAAUUGCACUAAAUAUCCCCUUCAUGAAAAUGCUAGCUUUGCCUAAAGGGGGGCAAAAUGGUGUCCAUGGGCCUGUGACUUGUGUUCCGGCCAAUGUUGUAGAAACUACAAAUUUGUUGCCACGGUCCAAUAUGGAAGGCUCUAUGCUCCGUGUCAAACUCAAAAGGAAGCUGACUUACAAAGGACACUACGAGUACCAUUUUGUUGACAGCAUGCACAUUCGUGAAGCCUUGAGGUAUCUGAAAGAGUCUAAUGUGCAUUAUGAAGAUAUAGAGUACAACGAGGAGUGGGUCAAUGACUUUUGUAGGGAACCUGAUGCCUCUCAGGUGGAGGACAGUGUUCCUGCAGUAGAUGUCACACCGCCUCUAGAUGCAGAAGAUGAGCUUCUCCAUGAUAGACAGCAACACUGCAUGUUUCAGGACACAUGUUUAAUGCCAGUUGACAUUGGUCAGGAAGCGCUAGAUCAGUAUUACGACAAUAUAUUGAAUGUGGCUCCGGCAGAAGGCAAUAAUCCUGUGAGGUUGCUUUCUGACCAUUCGAAUGAAGCUAGGUGUUUCCCAGUGUUGUUUCCACGCGGCCGUUUCACGUUUCAUGACACUCGACAAUAUAGGCUGACGGCGUCGCGAUAUUUCAAUAAUCGUAUCAUGCAUGCUGAUAAGCGGUUUGGGCAGAAUGUGGAAUACAUAUUCUAUGCUCAGUACUUGUGUGAACUUGUGCAGGUGGUGUCGAGCAUUUCCAUUGCUUUACGCAAAGGAAUUGCUGGUUUGGUGGCAAAAAUGGCCAAGGAUUUGUUGACCAACGAUGAGUCGUUAAAGACAUUGUUGGAAUGUGAUCAGGGCUAUCGUUUUCUGAAGCCCAUCAGAGGCACUCCAGCCUUUUGGCAGAGUACGCAGCGCGAUAUUUUGGCUUGUGUGCGUCAGCUUGGUGUUCCCACGUGGUUUUGCUCUUUUUCGUCUGCUGAUUUACGGUGGCAAAACUUGGUAGACUGUGUUUUGAGGCAAGAGGGUAGAACGCAAACGGCUGCAGAGUUGGAGUGGGCUGACAGGUGUGAUUUGUUGAGACGGAAUCCUGUGACUGCUGCACGGAUGUUUGAUUUCCGGUGGCAUGUCUUUCUCAGAGAGGUGAUAAUGUCUUCGAGCCAACCGAUUGGCAAAGUUGUAGACUAUUUUUACCGGGUGGAAUUUCAGCAGCGUGGUUCCCCGCAUGUACAUUGUUUGUUCUGGGUCGAGAAUGCCCCACGUAUUGAAGUGAACUCAGAUGAAGAAGUCACAAAGUUUAUUGAUAGAUAUGUUACUUGUGAAUUGCAGCCACAGGAUGAAGGAUUGACAGAGACAGUGUCUUCCGUACAGUAGCAUUCUAAGAGACACUCUAAAACAUGCAAAAAGAAAAACACAGUGUGUCGUUUCGGUUUUCCCAAACCUGUGUCAGGACGAACAUUUAUUAGCCAUCAGUUUGACGGACAGGGACAAAAAACAUGCACUUGUCAGGUUAGCCAAUCAACCGGUGUUAAAACAUGCACAUGUCCAAAAGCAUCCCAAAAUGCCGUAAACAUGAAAGCAGAAGAGGCGUCGGAAAUCAUAAAAUCCAUUAAAACAGCCCUGGCUGACGAGAACCACGCAUAUCAAAGCGUGGAACAUUUGUUCCAUAGUCUCGGUAUAACACAAAAUACUUUUGAGGCCGCACAUCGCCGCGUGGGUCGUCGUACGGAAGUCAUAAUGAAGCGUCAAAUCAAUGAGGUUUGGAUCAAUCCAUACAGCAAACCUCUGCUUAAAUGCUGGAAUGCUAAUAUGGACAUCCAGUAUGUCGUUGAUGCGUAUGCGUGCGUGGUUUAUAUAAUCUCGUAUAUUUCCAAAGCUGAGAGGGAGAUUGGAUUGCUGCUGAGUAAUGCCCAGAAAGAAGCAUCCAAACAGGCAAACGUCAGUGCCAAAGAGGCCUUAAAAAGUCUUGGCAGUGUGUACCUGCACAAUAGAGACGUGUGUGCACAAGAGGCCGUUUACCGGGUGACAAAUAUGCAUCUUAAGGAAUGCUCGCGCAAAGUAGUUUUUGUUCCAACAGGGGACAAUGUGGUCAAAAUGAGUUUGCCUGUGAGUGUUUUGCGUCAAAAAGCUUCAUCGGCCGAAUUAACAACGGAAGACAUGUGGAUGACCAGCAUUGUCGACCGUUAUAAAAACAGACCAAACGACGACACGUUUAAUGACAUGUGCUUGGCACAAUUUGCUUCGGAAUACCGCAUCAUUAGCAAAAACGAAAGGUCGGCAUCCAAAAUAGAACUUAAAAACAACUACGGACAUGUGACAAAACGUACACGGACUAAACCUGCCGUAGUACGCUCUGCGCGCUUUUCAGAAACCAAAAACCCUGAGUUGUAUUAUCGUAGCCUUUUGCAGUUGUAUCUGCCAUACCGGGUGGAUUUGCAGUUAAGACCUGCCAACUGCCCAACAUUUGAAGAAUUUUAUGACAAUGGUGCGGUCCGAUUAAAUGAUGGGUCGAUGCAUUCUGUUCGAUCCAUAGUGGAAACAAAUAAACAACAUUUCGACAGCGGCGGGGAUGAACUGGACAGCAUCCAAAGAUCUAUUGAUCACAGCGGUGUUGCUGAGGAUGCGUGGUGUCUGCUGUGUCCAGAGCAAGAAUUGGAAAGGCUACAAUGCGAAGAAGAACGCCGGAAAAAACAACAGUUGGUCGAAGAAGAGGCAGAAGUAAUACCUGACUUGGCAAAUGAAAAUAGAACCGCUCUAAACUUACAAAAGCAAAAGUCAAUGAGUCGAAAUGAUGGCUUGGCAUUAAUCCGCUCCCUAAAUAAUACUCAAAUGGACAUUUUUUACAAAAUUAGACAGUGGUGCCUUGAUAAAGUAGGUGGGAGAAAACCCGAGCCUUUACACUUAUUCAUCACAGGUGGUGCCGGGACAGGAAAAAGCCACCUAAUUAAAGCCAUCCAAUAUGAGGCUACCAGGUUGUUGUCAACAAUGUGUCGGCAACCGGACAAUAUUUCUGUCUGUCUAGCUGCACCAACAGGGAUUGCUGCUUACAAUUUGAAUGCCACAACAAUACACAGCACAUUGAGCAUCGGCAAGGAUACCCGUUUGCCUUACACACCACUGGGUGAGGAAACGGUGAAUUCCUUGCGUGCCAAGUUUGCGGACCUCCAAAUUUUGAUUAUUGAUGAAAUAUCGAUGGUUGAUCACAAGUUGUUGACGUACAUUCAUGGUAGACUCCGACAAAUUAAGCAAACCGGUGACUAUGCUGCAUUUGGCAACGUCAGCAUCAUCGCCGUCGGGGAUUUUUACCAGUUACCGCCAGUCAAAGGAAAGCCUCUUUAUGUCGAAGACGCCACUUUCAACUUGUGGACAAAUCUUUUCAGUGUUGUCGAACUGACAACGAUAGUCCGGCAAAAAGAUAAUCAGUUUGCAGCAUUGCUAAAUAGACUCCGCAAACAUCCAAAAGGUGCGGCGUUGUUGGAAACAGACAUAGAACUUUUGAAACAGCGCGAAACGGGUGAGGUCAGCUCCGCGUUACAUGUGUUUCCAACCAAUCAACAAGUAAACGAAUACAAUCUAAAACAGCUUUUCAGGAUCUGUCCGGAGUACACAACAAUAAAAGCUGAGGAUUUCAGCCAAAACAAAAAAUCCGGUAAAUUAGAAAGAAAAGUAGGGCACCACAGCAAGGUUUACAACACGUGUUUAGAGGAAACUCUGCACAUCGCUAAAGAUGCACGUGUAAUGCUUUGCAAAAACAUCGAUAUUGACGACGGCUUAGUUAACGGGGUUAGUGGCACUGUCUCUGAUGUUCUUUUCCAAAAGGAUGACACAUUUCCGAGUAAGAUCUAUAUAAAGUUUGAUGAUGCCAAAGUAGGUCAACAAAGGCGCGCACAAACUGCUGAGUCUGUCACGCUAAAAGACAGUACAUUUAUUCUGCCAGAGGAAGAAAAAGUAACUAAAAGCGGUGGCAUGCGUCGCCAGUUCCCUCUGAAGCUCGCUUGGGCUUGCACGGUACAUAAAGUCCAGGGUGU